CCUCUAAUUCUGGGUUCACCCUUUCUCUCCCAGUUUCUGAAUAGUAGCAGCAGCAACUAGCAAGAGACUGAGACUGAAAAUGGGGAGUGAGAUUGAGAGUCCAGAAAUGGAUGAAUGGCGUUUCACAUGGGAAUCACAGUCCCAAACCCCAACGCUUCGCUUACUCCUUCUCUUCCCCAAAACCCUCCUUCCUCCUCCCUCUCUCCAAACCGUUCGCCUUCACUCCUCACACUCUUUCCUCCUCAUCACCCUCUCCUCCGCCGUUGUCUCCCUUAGGGUUCCGAUUCCGGCAAGAGUCUUACUCGACGCCGACGCUCCUCCUACCUUCCGCGCACUCUCCGACCACAUCGAGGUCAAGCUCCUCCUCCUCCUCCCCCUCCACCACCCUAUCCUCUCCGCCCUCUCUCCUCACCCUUCCUCCCGCCCUCUCCCAAUGGAUUCCGAUGUUGAAAAUUUGGCUUCUCAUGGAGAAGUUGAUUUUUACUGUAGAACUUGCGCUUUCAAGUUGACCAAACAUCCACUCAGGAAUUUUGUUGAAAUGCCAUCAGCGAAUUGGAGGGAGGUGGCUGACAAUUGGUUCGGGGCUUGUUGUUGUUCGUUUGGGGGUGUAAGCGAGAAGCUGGUUUUGAGGUAUGUGAAUUCUCACACGUGCGCGCCGGGGAUUUGCCUUUUGAGUCCUGCGUCUGUCAUUCUUUGUAAGGAUGAUCUUGUGGAGUGUAAUUUACAUGCUGAAGGGUGUGGACAGCGAGAGUGUGGUUCUAAAGCAGAUAACCUUGGAGAUGAUGAUGUUGUUGGCGAUGGCAAGGCAAGUUUUGGAUUGAAUGAGGAAAGAACUUCAACCUGCGCUGAUGCUGGUGAAGUAGCCUGUGCUUUUGAGGAUAAGUUAAGGCUUGUGCAUCCUGAGAAUGAAAAGCUCUCUAUGAAUUUUAGAGGUGAAGGCAAUGACUUCUCUCAUUCAUGUACAGAUUCUAAUGGUGCUGAAGAUGUGGCUAACACUCCUAGUUGUUGUGCUCAUUCGAUGGGCAUUAUCGGGGAUGAAGACGGUGAACAUCAUUUAUCUGGGACUGCUAGAAAGACAGAAACUAUUGAAAUCAGGGAAAAUCAGAAGCCUCUCCUCAAUGGUUUUCUUGAAGAUGUUUUCAUGGCUAGAUUAUCAAAUCUUUCAAAGGAUAUUGAUUGGCAUGAAUUCACAUGCCCUCAAUGCAUGUCUCUCCUUGGAGCCUACCCAUGUUGUGAGGGCUAUGCACCUGUAGAUGGUGGAGUAAGGUUGUUCAAAUGCUAUAUUUCAACCUGUGUGCCAGUUGGAGGAUCAGAGGACAUUUUCAGCGAGUACACAAUGGACAAAAUGUUUGCAAAUCAGUUGAUGGGGUGUGCAACCGAUGAAUCAUCAUUCCGGUUUGUUGUUAGAGAUCUGGCAACCAAAUCCCCUGUCCUGCAAAUCAUUCUUUUAAAUCCAGAUACUUGGUCCUGUUCUGGUAAUUGUUCUGUUGUUGAGGACGAAGACCCAGUUCCUAAAUUACAGCUACGGCCCAUCAUCAAGGUGCUUUUUUCUGAUUUUAGAGCUGCAACUGAAUCUCAAUUAAGGAUGAUAGAAGAAUGGGCAACAAAGAAUUCAGCUGAAAUUUUUUUCAUGUUAUCUCGUCAAAUACAAGAUUUGAUGGGGUCGUUGAUGACAGCAAAAGAUAUAUACCCACCUUCAUAUGCUUCCUAUCAAGGAUUAAUCUUGUCGUCUGUGCAUCAGUAGGAAUCUACUCAACAAUUUGGUGAUCAAACUUCUUCACUAAUAGGGCUAAGCAAAGGAUGAUUUUCUGUUUUGUAUGCAUUCAACCAAGUUUGAUAGCUAAAAUUAAUUUAACAGAAGCCAGAAUGAUAUUGAUUGAUCAAAUGGAUAAAUUAAUUUUGUUAA